AUGGCACCGGGUCCUGACUUGUCUGCCCUGGCAGACGAAGCGAAAGCGCCCAACGACAUUACCAUUUCGAAAAGCAAGCUCAAAAUCAAUCCUUCAACUGAUGUUGAGAGCCGCGACUCAGUCCUGGAUCCCGCAUCAAUCACCCAGGAGUUCGACGAACUGCGGUUCGAAGCAGCAGCAUCACGCCAACUAGACUUCCCAGACCCAAAAGACCACAGUACAGACCGCUCUUCACAGCUCAUAUCCUCGCCAUACAACAACCCCGGACACUAUCUCGACCUUAGCACCCUCGACACGCCCAACCUGAUCUUCGCCAAAGCACUCACAGCACUCAAGCCCCUACGCUCAGACUACGCCACCGCGCCCUACAUUUCUUCACUUGACUUCCCCACCGUCCUCUCCCUCGUGCGUUCCUUCUCGCGCGAAGCCAACUACACCUGGAAAUCACACACCUUCUACGUCGUCAUCUUCCGCUCCCAGUUAAAAGCCGACAUCGACAACGACCUACUCUACAAACUCGAUUACGAGAGCCACCGCGAGGCAUGCGAGUCGGGGGGCCUGCUGAAGUACUGGUUCGGGAAGACGGAUGGUGAGCGGAGAAACAUGGCUACUUGCUUCUGGCGUUCGCGGGAAGACGCUCAUCUCGGCGGCCUAGGUCCGUGGCAUAAGAAGGCAAGGGCUGCGGGGCGGACGCUCUACGAGUCUAUCCGUUUCUCGACGCAUCGGUUUACGCUUACGGAUGGGGCGGAGGAGAUCAAGUUUGAGGACUGGGAGGAAGCGGGACGUUGA